UGCUUCGACUGUACAUUCAGUAAAACUAUUAUUAAAAUAAUUAAUAAAAUUUGUGAUUCUUUUACUAAUCGUGAAUUAAAAAAGACUAAAGUUUGUAGACUUACGAUUAUAAUAUCUCGAGUAGGAAACAAUUCGAAAAAACAAUAUUCAAGAAAAAUGGCAAGUCGACAUCAAAGAACAAGAACUGGUGCAUCAUCGGAGAGAGCGCGGGGAAUAUGUAGACCGGCGACAACGAGAGCGCAGGCACUACGUCAGGCGAAAUCGGCGGCGAUUAUUAAUUCGAGACUUCAAGAAGCACCAGGAGCUCCGAAUCCUCGUCGUGUGCGAACUGGUCUCGCUCGGGUCGGUGCUCCACCACUUGAGCCGAAGCGUCUCGAAUUUAGUAAACCCGGUGUAACCAAGGCGAUGAUGGCUCGCAUGCAGCACGUUCAGAAAUUGAAAGAGGCCGAGGAACAGAAGCGACGACACGAGGAGGCAGCCAUCGCCGGACGUCCCCGAAGAACUGCAGCUCCUCCAGGAGGCGACGCCCGACUCGGAAGAGAGAAAUCGACUCUUCAUGAAUCAAGAUUGAGAUCUGGACCGAGCAAGAUGACACGAGAGGAUUUUCAACAAUUUAAAGGAAAUAGUAGACGAACAAUACCCGAUACCAGUGGUAGAUUACCGGGUUCAGUGUCAAAACGAAGACACUCAUUAGGUCAAAGAAGCACAGUCGUUGAUGCUGCAAAUCGGUCCAUUCAGGUAAUUCAAGAAACUCUCGAUGAACAAGACAUUGCCGAGUGUUUAGUCGUUCAAAAUAAACUCCAGGAUCUUCAAAAUGCAAGGAGGGACUUUGUCCUCGCCAUCGCCAAUGUUUCAAGCAACGCCGUAAGUUUCGCUGACGAUUUAAAUACAUCAUCGAUUCCCCUGCCCGGAAGUCCAUUAUCCUAUCAAUCGGGUCCUCUUCCCCAGGAGUCGCCAUCAAGAUUUGUUUACAAAUUACCAGACGUUGAUGAUUCCUACUUGAAUGUGGAUAUUGAUAGACAUCAGGCAGUCUUAGCGAAUGCUCGUCAAUUUCUCGACAGACGAGAAGAAGCGCAUUGUCAACGAGAAGCACAGCGACGAAUUGAUGAGCAAUUUGCUCGCGUUGCAAAUCAAAUUGACGACGAUGAUUUUAGAUAUGAUAUUCCUCUCGAGCAAGACAUUAUGGAGGGUGACGUAUCAUUCGAGGAGGACGAAGACGGUACAAUAUUUCCCUGUCAAUCGAGAAUUAAAGCUUCAAUGCCGCCAAUUCCUCGUCGUAAUGAUAAUGAUGAUAAUUAUUAUAAUUACGCCACUACUGGUGGCGAUAUUGACGAUAUUGAGAGAUUUUUCGAUACGACAAAUUAUCCGGUUGUUGCGUCAUCGCGCAAUGAACGGCGAAAAUAUUUGCAUCCCGAUUUCCUUGACCUUGAAGAUCCUUGGUACCGUGAAUGUCCUACCGAACGGGAUUUGAUGGAAUUUGAUCUUAUGGAAUUUAGCAAAUGAAUCAAAAAUAUAAUUCGAAUUUAAUAAUGUUUGUAAAUAUGAAUUAAUAUUUAAAAAAUGGCAUUUACAUCUAGUGUUUUGAUAUUAAUAACUAAAAAAAUAAUAUUAACAUCUAAAAUAUUAUUAUCUAAAAUGUUAAUAUUAAUAUCUAAAAUGUUAAUAUUAACAUUUAAAAUAUUAAUAUUAU